UUUUUUUUUUUUUUUUUCUAAAGAUCGGAGGGGCUCGUGCGAAUUGCACCUUGCCACCAAGCAACGUCGGUACGUCACUUCACGUGCCACGUGGUCAACAAAAAGAGGAACCGAGCAAGAGGAACGAGACAGAAUAGAAGAACAAGAGAGAAAGAUCUGGGAACGACCGACAAAGAAAACAGCGAGGAGGUUCAGCCUAUGAUUUUUGAACGCCACACCUUGCGUACUGGUGUCGGUCUAGACCAAGUCGUCCGUGAAAGGUGGCCAUUUAUUUGGCAACGCGGUGGUUUGGUAGCAACUCUCUGUCCGACACAGAGAGCCGGACGAAACGUGAUCUGAUUAAUGAUUGAGGAUUAAAGCGUGCAUCAAGCUGCUAACCACGAUUGUUAAUAAUUGUCUAGCAAUCAAGAAUCAUUGAACGUGAUUUUUCGCAUUUAAUCAAGUCCAAUGAAUCAAUAAAUCAAUGAUAUUACCAAUAUUCAUCAAUAUUGAUGUAAAUGAAUCGACAAUGAAUCAGUGACAAUUAUUAGUUAUCAUUGAUAAAUAAUAAUAAACGAGUCAAUGAUAAUCAACGAUAAUAUUGCAUCAAUGAAUCAAUACUGAAUCAAUGAUAACAUUAAGUCAGCAAUGGUUGCUAAUGAUCAUUGAUUACAAAUUUUUACUUUUAAUGACGAUCAAUGAUAGUCAAACAAUAGAUCAAUGAUGAUUAAUAAUAAUAUUAAAUCAAUAUUGGCAUCAAUAAAUCAAUGGAUUAGUGAUAAUCAGUAAUAAUAUUCAAUGAAUAAUAUUCAAUUGGAUAUAUUAAUACUUAUGACAUUAAUAUGGAUAAUGGAUCAGUAAUAAUUAUUAGUUAUGAUUGAUCAGAAAUAAUGAAAAAAUGAAUCAGCAAUAAUUGGUAGAUAUUAGUGGAUAUUGGUAAUAUUAAUGAAUCAGUGAUAAAUACUAGUAAACAUUGAUCAAUUGUAAUACUGAAUUAAUAUCUUAUUGGUAAUCUUAAUUAUAUGAUUAAAUCAUUGUUUAUGAUUUUUGCUUUUAAUUGAUGAUGAUUGUUAGUCAUCAUCGAUCAGUGACAAUGUGUCAAUGAAGUAAUGAGAAUAUUGGAUCGAUAAAUGAUGAAAUUGAAAGAUCGAUAAUGAAUUAAUGAAUACUGAAUCGAUAUCGAUAAAUUAAUGAUAAAAUUGAAUCGAUGAUGGUUAUUAGUAAUCAUUGACUAUUAUUUCUUUAUUUUUCAUCAAUGACAGUAACUUAAGUCAAUAGACCAAUAAUAAUCAAUAUUGAUAUCAAUGAAUCAAUGAUGACUAGUAGUUAUUAUUUAUCAAUAAUAAUAGAUCAAUGCUGGUUAUUAGUAAUGAUUAGAUCAUUGAUUAUGAUUUUUUUACGUUUAAUUAAUGAUGAUUAUUAGUCAUCACUGAUCAGUGAAUCAAUGAAGUAAUGACAAUAUUGAAUCAAUAUCGAUGAAUGAAUCAAUAAUGAAUCAAUGAUGAUUAUUAGUAAACAUUGAUCAAUAAUUAAAAUUUUUAAUCAACGAUGAUCAUCAAUAAUUACUCAUAGCUAAUAAUUGAUUAUCACGGUGUUAACAAAUAAUGAGUAAUUGAUUAUCAUAAUGAUCAUCUAAUUAUAAUAUUUAAUCAAUAAUUAUCAGUAACAAUAAGAAACUAAAGAGCAAACCUAAAAACAAUUAUUAUUACACUUCACUAUAAUAAAAUUACUAAUUACAUUACAAAGUGGAGUGGUGAUCAGUUCUGAGAUUUUUCAUUUAUUCAAGCCAAUGGAAUUCACUCUCUGUUUCAAUUCUGAUUUGACCAUAUAUCGAGUAGGUGAUAUAUCAGCAGGUGUAAAAUCUUGGCUGUAAAAUCGGUGGACCAGGUGCAACCGGAGUGGAUUAUUGACGUCCGCUGAGAGAAGACUAAUUUAACGAGCGGCUCAUGCAGAACCAUAAACUCCGCGCAGAGUUAAUUCCUAAUUAGCUGGCUGUGAAACGUACGUGCACACAUGCAGGCAAUCUUUCGUGCGCGGUUUAAUGUGACGAUGAAUGCUCGUGUAUGAUGUCAGUGAAUGUAUCUGAUAACGCGUGAUUCAUCACAUGAAAAGUACAUAAAAAAGUGUACAUCUGCAGGAAAUAAAAAAAUUACACAUGGAUGUGCUCUCUGUGCUUUGUAUCUAAAAUUACAUCAGACAGUUGGGAACGAGUUUCUGCGAUUUAAUAGCUGUUUAUCCGGAUGGUAUUUGCCUAUUGGAACAGAUUAACAGAUUAGGACAAAUGCAGAUGCGAAGAGCGGGAAUACACGAAGCAUAUUGAAUGCUCCCGCAUUUAAUAGCGGUUCCAGAAUAUUCAAUCACGCGAGCACACCGACGCGCAAAAUUAUACAGGAAAUCGGCUGUAUUUAGUAUUGGAUGUGCAAACUAAGUAGAGCGAAUUAUAAUCACGUACGCGGAUGCUUUCCUAAUAUCGUCCCGUUUAUUGACGCCUGGCUUGUUGUGACAACGGUAGUGAAAAAGUAGCGGACAUCGAUUACUCUCAUAGCAUAUCAAGCGUUUAAAAAUAUCGCAAAAAUUUCUUUCUGUAUUUAUCCGCGUAUCUCUAACCAUUUGUUGUAAUAUUUAAUUGUAGUUGUGAUAUUUAUAUUUGUAAUAUUUUUAUUUAAUAUUUACAUUUACCCUUCUCCAGUCGAUAUAUAAUAGAUACAUGUAUCUUUUAUAUUAUAACUAAAUAAUAUAAUAUAAUAAACCAAUAUAUUGUAAUAAAAUAAAUAAUACAAUAUAACAACUAACUGAUAUAAUACAAUAAACCAAUAUAUU